AUGCGCCUCAAUCCUAGCGUUCGAAUGCGUCCCAAUGUAUGCUCUCGAAAAGCUAUGGUGAAUAUGUUCAACAGAGGGUGUAUCCUUAAUCGACACCAAAGUACCAAACCUGCUUAUGAGGGUCACAUCCCUCUAAAUUGGUUCGAAAACGCGAUUCUUGCCGCUGGGUCUGCGUUUAUGUCGCUAGCAAAUCCGCGACGAGGUGACAUGGUUGCGGCUUUGGCGGAGACGACUGCCGGCCCAAGCUUGCCGCGCCUUCGAGAUUUGAUGUUGGAGAGCGAGGAAGGGAGGAAAAUACUAAAGGAGCGACCGAGAGUAAAUACUUCCACAGUCGACAUGGACCAACUCGCAAAAUAUCCUGAGGGCACAUUUGGGCGUGCAUAUGUAACGUGGCUUGAGCGUUGUGGGGUUACACCGGAUACCCGGGAGCCUGUUCACUACAUCUCCGACCCCGAGCUCGCAUAUGUUAUGCAGCGAUAUCGCGAGUGUCAUGACUUUUACCACUGUAUCACCAACCUCCCCGUCAAUGUUUCCUCCGAACUCGCAGUCAAGUAUUUCGAAUUUGCCAACUUGGGCCUCCCCAUGACGGCCAUUGCCGCAUUAUUCGGACCUCUUCGUCUGCGUGCGGAUCAGAGGACAAGACUGUUCGCAGAGUUUGUCCCAUGGGCGCUUAAGUGCGGUGGGAGUGCGAAGAGCUUGAUCACUGUUUACUGGGAAAAGAGGUGGGACCAAGAUGUGGGGGAGUUGAAGAAGGAGCUAGGAAUCUGGGACCCACCCGAAGUUAAGUGGGGGAAACCUUUGAAAGAGGCUCAGGAUGCAAUUUUAGCACGUCAGAAGGCUCAAGCAAAUGGUAAGUCCUCUGGAUGUCAUCCUGGUUAUCAUUAG